UGAGGGCUGCCUGAAGGACAGCAGGAAAAGCCAAUGGGAGGCCGCGCUUCCCAGGCGGCAGCGUUAUAAGAGCCUGUCAGGGUUACAUUUGGGCUUAACUCUUUAAAGGUGGGUUCAGGCCCCGUGAGAAAGUAGUAGUAAAUGUGCCACGUCUUCUAACAAGGGGAAGUCCUGAACUUGCCUGAGGCCGUUAUCCCUAAGCCUUGAACUAAGCUCUUAAAUUUAUGAAAUUGAGGGCCUUUUCGCUGCUUUUGUAGGGACUUCUUUCCUGUUUCAGCAACAUGAGGCUCUUCUUGUGGAACACGGUCUUGACGCUGCUCGUCACUUCUUUGAUUGGGGCUCUGAUCCCUGAACCAGAAGUGAAAAUUGAAGUUCUCCAGAAACCAUUCAUCUGCCAUCGCAAGACCAAAGGAGGGGAUUUGAUGUUGGUACACUAUGAAGGCUACUUAGAAAAGGACGGCUCCUUGUUUCACUCCACUCAUAAACAUAACAAUGGUCAGCCCAUUUGGUUUACCCUGGGCAUCCUGGAGGCUCUCAAAGGUUGGGACCAGGGCUUAAAAGGAAUGUGUGUAGGAGAGAAGAGAAAGCUCAUCAUUCCUCCGGCCCUGGGAUAUGGAAAAGAAGGAAAAGGUAAAAUUCCCCCAGAAAGUACACUGAUAUUUAAUAUUGAUCUCCUGGAGAUUCGAAAUGGACCAAGAUCCCAUGAAUCAUUCCAAGAAAUGGAUCUUAACGAUGACUGGAAACUCUCUAAAGAUGAGGUUAAAGCAUAUUUAAAGAAGGAGUUUGAAAAACAUGGUGCGGUGGUAAAUGAAAGUCAUCAUGAUGUUUUGGUAGAAGAUAUUUUUGAUAAAGAAGAUGAAGACAAAGAUGGGUUUAUAUCUGCCAGAGAAUUUACAUAUAAACAUGAUGAGUUAUAGAGACACAUCUACCCAUUUAAUAGAGCAUUCAUCUUUAAAGAGAGGGCAGUCAUCUUUAAAGAACAUUUUAUUUUUUAACAAUGUUCUUUCUUGCUUUGUUUCUUUAUUUUUAUCUAUUUUUUCUGACCCCUAUGUAAAGAACCCCUUAGGGCUUCUAACUAUCCAUUUCUUUCUGGUAAGUUAUUGGGAAGAAAAAUCUAAUUUGUCUUUGAAUAGAAGACUUCUGGACUAUUUUUCACUUUCACAGAUAGGAAGCUUUGUUUUACUUUCUUACUUGUAAAUUUAAAAUAAUGCAACUGGGAGUAUACCAAGACAUGAGACCAGGUUAUAGCACAAAUUAGCACUCUAUAUUUCAGUUUUCCUCUAUUUUCUCCAAGUUAGAGAUCAACAUUUGAAAAGCCUUUUGCAAUAGCCCAAGGCUUGCUAUUUUCAUGUUAUAAUGAAAUAAUUUGUCUGUAACAACUAGCUCUGAGUCUCUGCUUGAGGACCAGAGGAAAAUGGUGGUUGGACUUGAUUUGUUAAUGGCUAGUAAGCCUUUUUUUACUAAGGAGAUGUGCAAUGUCAAAGUUAGAAACAAGGUUAAUAACUUAUAUAAAUAUGUAUGCAUUGAAACAUUCUACCUAGGACUUAAGCGGAUGAAGUUUGGCUCCUAGUGACUAGUGGCCUAUUAUGAUAAAUAGGACAAAUCAUUUAUGUGUGACUUUCUUUGUAAUAAAAUGUAUCAAUAUGUUAUAAAUGAGGUAGAGAGUUAUAUUUAUAUUUAAUGUUUACUUCUUAAGGCUAGCAGAUUAUCCUUCCUGGUUCUUUAAUGGGUAGUCUAUAGUAUAUUAUACUACAAUAACAUUGUAUCACAAGGUAAAUUAGUAAACCAGUCUACAUUUUCCCAUUUCUGUCUCAUCAAAAACUGAAGUGGGCUGGGCGUGGCAGCUCAUGCCUGUAAUCCCAGCACUUUGGAAGGUCAAGGAGGGGGGAUCACUUGAGGUCAGGAAUUUGAGACCCACCUGGCCAACAUGGUGAAACCCCAUCUCUACUAAAAAUAAAAAAAUUAGCCAGGCAUGGUGGUGCACACCUGUAGUCCCAGCUACUACUUGAGAGGCUGAGAAGACAGCACCCACAAGGCAGAUGUUGCAGUGAGCUGAGAUCAUGCCACUGUACUCCAAUAAGGGUGUCAGAGGAAGAUUCCAUCUCAAAAAAAAAAAAAAAAAAGGAAGGGGAUCUACAGCAGCUACUAUUGAAUACCUAUCCUGGGUUUAAAAAAAGAAAAGAAUAUAUAGUUUUAUUUUAAAUUGGCUUUUAUCUUUAAUUCUUUUUUUAAAAAAGUUAAUCAAAUCUUCAUUUUCUAAGAACAGCCCUUUAUAAUGUACAAAAUGAUAUUAAGGGCAUUAUUAUCUUUGAUUUUCAUGGCUCUGAGGUCAUGAAACAAGCUGGUGGAGGUUAUUAUGCCUAAUUUAUAAAUGAGGAAAUUAUCAUUCAAAAAGAUUGAUUGUUAUGCCCAGGGUCAGCACUAACCUGUAGAACCAGUAUUCAGUCCCCAAGUUCAGCGUCUUCUACUGCCCUCUACUAAUAAAAAAGAGAAAAUUUUCUUGGGCCUAAUUCUGUCUUCAUCUGUUGUUUAUCUUUGAGUCUUUGUUCUCUGAAUAUGGUUUUCUGCCUGUUUCUGGCUCAUUAGAAUUCUCACUAUGAUAUAGAAAUGGCUCCAGUUUCAUAGCAUAAUCUUGUAGUUAGCUCUGAAUUUGCCUCAAAAACCCUGAACAAUGAGAGGUUUAUGGUGUGUUUUACUUCUUUUAUUUCUAUUUAUCCUUGUUUGUUGUUUUAAAAGAGUUAUGAACAAGUAUUACAUCAUAUGUAGACCACUUUCACUGAUUAUAUAUUGACAUUUUCCUCACUAAAACAUAAAGUUCUUAGGAAGA